AUGGCCGGAAAUGAAGUGAUUGUUGUGACCAAAGAUGAUGUGGUCUUUCAUAUGAAUGUCAAUAAUGUCUCAAAAAUGACAGAAUUGUCUGAAUUGAGUGGAAAGGAUGUCAUCAAAAUCGUUGCCGGAGAAAGUCAUGUCUGUGCCCUCACAUCGUCCGGUGAUGUGUACGUCUGGGGUGAGAACAGCUGCGGUCAGUUGGGAACCGGACCUGAAUCUAAGCAUUCGUCUGAAAAGCCCGUAAAACUAGACUUAGAUUUGAAUAACGAAAAGGUUGUGGACAUAGAGUGUGGACAGUGUUAUACACUUGUGGUGACCAAUGCGGGACAGGUGUACGGCUGGGGCUGUAGUCGUAAGUUAGGUAACGGCGACAUCGAUGGCCAGUCACCGCCUAUUAAAGUGAUGGGUCUGGAGGGCCAACACCUGUCGGGCAUUGCCUGCGGUUAUCACCAUUCGGUGGCCGUUACGGACUCCGGCCGUGUGGGUUAUAAUCAGAGCAAUCAGUUGGGUUUGGGUCACAAAACAGACCAAUUAAUACCGGUUCAAAAUCCUUACUUCAAUGACAUCAAAGUGAACAAGGUGGUUACUGGAAAUCAUCAUACUUUGCUGCUCUCAGCUGAUGGCAAUGUGUACGCGUUUGGUUCUAAUGAUUAUGCUCAAUUGGGCACAGGUAGUUUCGAUGAACAGGGAACGCCAUAUAACCCUCUAAUCAAGCAUGGUCCAUUUGUUGAUAUUGUUGCUCAAAAAUUCAACAAUAUUUCGGCCGCCGUUACGGCAAAUGGCGGUCACUUUGUUUGGGGUAAAUGUAGAAAACCAUUGGGCACUCUACUCAGUCCUACAGUCGUGACGGGCGUUGACUCAAUACAUGAUAUAAUUGGAUUGUAUGCCAAAACUCCGGCCACUUAUUACUCGAUUGAUGUGAGCGAUGGCGUCGACCACCCGGUGCUCGAAGCCUUAAACAGCUAACGGUUACAGAAAAUAUUUCAUAAACUAAUUGUGAAAAUUUUAUCCAGGACUUAUACCA